UUUUUUUUCUACUCUUCGCUGUGAGCUCUCAGAACGCAUGCGCCCUCGGCUCCUUCUGGCCUACCCCCGAUGCCUUGCUAGAGGUCAGGGGUCACGUUGGUAGCAGCGGGAGGAAGGGCGGGCGUUAGGGCCUCCAGUAGGCAAGAGGAAGAGGCGGCGGCGGCGGCUUCGGCUUCCAUUCAUAAUGGUGGCGGCUGAAGUAGAAGCGGCUUCCUGAGGUCUUGCACAGAAUUUCCGACCAUGCACAGUUUGGCAACGGCUGCGCCUGUGCCAACGGCACUGGCUCAGGUUGAUCGAGAGAAGAUUUAUCAGUGGAUCAAUGAGCUUUCCAGCCCUGAGACUCGUGAAAAUGCAUUGUUGGAGCUGAGUAAAAAGCGAGAGUCUGUUCCUGAUCUUGCCCCAAUGUUAUGGCACUCCUUUGGCACAAUUGCAGCUCUCUUGCAGGAAAUUGUAAAUAUCUACCCAUCUAUAAAUCCACCAACUUUGACAGCUCAUCAGUCCAAUAGAGUCUGUAAUGCUUUGGCACUUCUACAGUGUGUUGCAUCACAUCCAGAAACCAGGUCAGCCUUCCUUGCUGCUCACAUCCCUCUCUUCUUGUAUCCCUUCUUGCAUACUGUCAGCAAGACUCGUCCCUUUGAGUAUCUGCGACUUACAAGUCUUGGAGUAAUAGGGGCCCUGGUCAAGACAGAUGAGCAAGAAGUAAUCAAUUUCUUGCUGACAACAGAAAUUAUUCCUUUAUGCUUACGCAUCAUGGAGUCUGGCAGUGAACUUUCCAAAACGGUUGCUACUUUUAUUCUACAGAAGAUCCUGUUGGAUGAUACGGGGCUGGCUUACAUAUGUCAGACUUAUGAACGAUUUUCCCACGUUGCAAUGAUAUUGGGUAAAAUGGUCCUGCAACUUUCCAAGGAGCCUUCUGCCAGGUUGCUGAAACAUGUGGUCCGUUGUUACCUUCGCCUUUCUGAUAAUCCAAGGGCACGGGAAGCCCUCAGGCAGUGCCUUCCUGACCAGCUGAAAGACACCACCUUUGCCCAGGUCCUGAAAGAUGACACCACCACCAAGCGUUGGCUGGCCCAGCUGGUCAAGAAUCUGCAGGAAGGCCAGGUCACCGACCCGAGGGGCAUCCCUCUUCCUCCACAGUGACAGCCAAGGAGGUGGCAGAACCCAGGAGGAAACAGCUCAGGUUUUCAGAGAGCCAGGAACCAAUGACCUCUUCCAGAUCCUGUCAGGCAUGUGUGGGCAGCUCCUUCGACUGCCAAAAGCCACAGGACGACAGGCCCUUUCUAUAGCAACUCUUCACCAUGCCUCUGAGGAUUAUGACACCAGCAAACACAGUUGGAACAGAGAAGCGCUCUUUCAGGGCGUUGGCUUUGUUGUGAUGAUCAGUUGAGCACUAAGCUGGACAGUGCUGCUGCCAACAGCAUCUCCCCCCUGUCUGGUUUGGUGUGGCAGGCUUGGGAAGUGUUCCUCAGUUUCCUUGUUGUUCAGUGUUUACAUGUAAGUUCAAUAAAGAUUGGUCUAGUCAUUUGACCCUCUUAGGAGUACCUUUUGAGCUUCAUCUAGCUCUUAAACAGAGGAGGCAAGUUUUCCUCUUCCUGACUGGGAAUUGUGCUUUUCUGAGAAGAGCCCCCAAUCUGUUCUUUUUUAUAUGUUCACCCAUUGGCCUCAGGCCCUUCAGGGUUGUAACUCUGUUGGGUUUGGGAGGGAGACAAUAACAUAGUAUAUCCUCAGCUUCUUAAAGAAUUGUUCCUGGUAUGUUGGAAGGCAGUGACUUCCUGGACUAUAUUCUUUUGGCCAUCCAUUAAAACAGUCCCUGCCUCUGUGACUGUAUUUGAGCCAGUGCUGAAUGUUCCACUGAUCCACCUCCACUAACGUCCUAGCCAGUAAAAUCCCGAAUGCCACCAAAACAUUCCGUAAACAUUCAGAAUGGGCCAGGGAGAGGCUGGUGUUGUAUGGAGGCCACAACUUAGAACCAGCAAGCCAUGUAGCUUUUCUCACUGUUGCAGUCAAUGCCUCUGGGUACUAUAAGGACAACUCUGGGCUGAGCAUAAUAGAUGGGACCAAGCACUAUUUCAAGCAGCUGGUAAAGGCUGCAGGAACUUGCUGGCUGGUGCUGGAAAGUGUCAUGGCUGCAAAACACAAGGGCUGCCAUGCUCAUUAUGUUAUUCCCCUGCUCCCAGGCUAAAUGCAUCCAAUUCAUCAAAAUGACCCAGCCCUCUUUGUUGGCAUCUGCUGCAGUUGAAGAGCCAUUAAGCAGUCUGCAAAGGAAGUCUUUCCCCUGCCCUUUAAGUGAAAGAUAGGGGGAAAGCAGGAAGGAGUUUAAAUGGGGGAGUGAAAACAUCCCGGCUGUUUUGUCUAUUGCGCCACAAGGCUGGGAGCAGGUGGCUUCUGGCUGCUUGCCAAAUCCCUUGGCCUCGGCAGCUGCUGCUGUUGUGGGUAGGAACUUAUUUUCCCUGUACCCUUUUUCCUUUCCUAAUGGCUGGUCAGGCCAUGCCAAGAGUGUCUUAACUCUACCCUCUCUGUGUGGACUGCUUUUGCUCUUACAGCGGCUCCCAGUUUUAUAACAGCCUUGUUUUUCCAUCCCUGCCUUGAGUGGACUUUACCAACUGCUUCUGUUUUGUAACUUGAAUAAAAAAUAAGCCAAAUAAAUCCGGA